AAGUAACCUGGCUGUGUGUCGUCGUCACAUCACCCCAUACUGGUGUUCAAAGCCACUGAACGACAAACUGUGACCUCAUCAUGACGUGAUUUCACGACGGACACAGACUUGUCUAAAAGACGCCAGUCAUGAAUUGAGCUCUUCAACUCAACUGUUCAGGAUUGCGUGCCGGUUCAUCUCCACGGUAGUUGCAGCCUGUGCGUGUCACCCAGCGAUGGCACAGCAGGAAGACUCUGCCAAGAAGCCCCCAGCUAUAGCGGCAGCGCACCCCCACUUCAUUGUGGGAUCGGUGUCCGAGGAUAAUUCGGAAGAUGAAGUCCAGGGGAAGCCGGACGUGCAGAUGGUGGAGAAGGAGGGACGUUCUUUGUCACCGGCGUCCGGGAGCUCUGAUAGCACCAAUGACAUGAGCUUUGAGCACCUUGAUGGCUCCAUGCACAACAAUCUCAGGCCGAGCAUGUCCGGCCUACACUUGAUAAAGCAAAAUCGCGAUCGCCGGCGCAUCGAUCUGCAGAGGGACUUCACUGUGGCAUCUCCUGCUGAGUUUGUCACACGUUUUGGUGGCAACAAGGUCAUUGAGAAGGUGCUUAUCGCUAACAAUGGCAUUGCUGCAGUCAAGUGCAUGCGCUCUAUUCGACGCUGGGCUUACGAGAUGUUUCGGAACGAACGGGCAAUCCGAUUUGUGGUGAUGGUGACCCCGGAGGACCUGAAGGCCAAUGCUGAGUACAUAAAAAUGGCCGAUCAUUAUGUGCCUGUGCCUGGAGGGACUAAUAAUAACAACUAUGCCAACGUGGAGCUCAUUUUGGACAUUGCCAAACGAAUACCUGUGCAGGCUGUUUGGGCUGGAUGGGGUCAUGCCUCAGAGAACCCCAAACUGCCAGAGCUGCUCCAUAAGCACGGCAUUGCUUUCAUGGGCCCUCCUAGCCAGGCAAUGUGGGCACUAGGAGAUAAGAUUGCUUCAUCGAUUGUGGCUCAAACAGCUGGCAUCCCCACCUUGCCAUGGAGCGGAACUGGCCUGACAGUCGAAUGGUCUGAAGUCAAUCAAAAGAAACACAUUAUCAAUGUUCCUCAUGACUUGUACGAGCUGGGCUGCAUCCAGGAUGUAGACGAUGGCCUGAAAGCUUCUGAGAAGGUUGGCUACCCUGUUAUGGUGAAGGCUUCAGAAGGAGGGGGAGGUAAAGGCAUCCGUAAAGUCAAUUGCACAGAAGAUUUCCCAAACCUAUUCAGACAAGUCCAGGCAGAAGUUCCAGGUUCCCCCGUGUUCAUCAUGCAGCUUGCCAAACAUGCCCGCCACUUGGAGGUCCAGAUCUUGGCAGACCAAUACGGCAAUGCCAUUUCCUUGUUCGGCAGAGACUGUUCAGUGCAGCGGCGACACCAGAAAAUUAUAGAGGAAGCGCCAGCUACCAUUGCCACAUCUGAUGUGUUUGAGGAUAUGGAAAGGUGUGCUGUGAAGCUGGCAAAGAUGGUGGGCUAUGUGAGUGCGGGCACAGUGGAAUACCUCUACAGCCAAGAUGGCAGCUUCUACUUCCUGGAGCUCAACCCUCGUCUGCAGGUUGAACACCCCUGCACCGAGAUGGUGGCUGAUGUCAACUUGCCGGCUGCCCAGCUGCAAAUUGCAAUGGGCAUCCCCCUUUACCGAAUCAAAGACAUCAGGAUGCUUUAUGGGAUGCAGCCCUGGGGAGACUCUCCCAUCGACUUUGAGGUUCUGUCCACAGCCGCCUCCCCACGAGGACAUGUCAUUGCAGCUCGCAUCACCAGUGAAAAUCCAGACGAGGGUUUCAAGCCGAGCUCUGGAACAGUACAAGAGCUGAACUUUCGCAGCAACAAAAAUGUGUGGGGCUACUUCAGUGUUGCAGCGGCUGGCGGACUGCACGAGUUUGCUGACUCCCAAUUUGGACACUGUUUUUCUUGGGGAGAGAAUCGUGAAGAAGCCAUCUCUAACAUGGUGGUAGCUUUGAAGGAGUUGUCUAUCAGAGGAGACUUUCGGACCACAGUGGAAUACCUCAUCAAGCUGCUGGAAACGGAAAGCUUUCAGCACAACAGCAUCGACACGGGCUGGCUGGAUAGGCUCAUCUCUGAGAAGAUGCAGGCUGAGCGUCCCGACACAAUGCUGGGACUCGUGAGUGGAGCUCUUCAUGUCGCAGAUGUUAAUUUAAGGAACAGCGUGUCCAUUUUCCUGCAUUCUCUGGAGAGGGGGCAGGUGCUGCCAGCGCACACACUUCUCAACACAGUGGAUGUAGAGCUGAUCUAUGAAGGCAUUAAGUACGUCCUGACCGUGACUCGCCAGUCUCCCAACUCCUACGUGCUCAUCAUGAACAACUCCACAGUCGAAGUCGAUGUCCAUCGGCUAAGUGACGGUGGUUUGUUGCUUUCCUAUGACGGCAGCAGCUACACUACCUACAUGAAGGAAGAGGUAGACAGGUAUCGCAUCACCAUAGGGAACAAGACCUGUGUUUUUGAAAAGGAGAACGACCCAUCGCUGCUGCGAUCUCCCUCGGCAGGAAAAAUCAUCCAGUACACAGUCGAAGAUGGCGGUCAUGUGUUUUCUGGCCAGUGUUACGCUGAAAUAGAGGUGAUGAAGAUGGUCAUGACCCUCACAGCUGCCGAGUCUGGUUGUAUUCACUAUGUGAAGAGGACUGGAGCGUCACUGGAGCCCGGUUGCAUCAUUGCCAAACUUCAACUGGAUGACCCUACUCGAGUUCAACAGGCAGAGUUGCAUACAGGUACCUUGCCCUCUACCCAGGCUGUUGCUUUACGCGGAGAAAAACUACACAGAGUUUUCCACAACACACUGGAUCACCUUGUUCACGUCAUGAACGGCUACGUUCUCCCUGAGCCUUUCUUUAGCGCCAAGUUGAAAGAGUGGGUGGAAAGGCUGAUGAAAACCAUGCGCGACCCCUCGCUGCCACUGCUGGAGCUUCAAGACAUUAUGACCAGCGUCUCAGGUCGCAUCCCCCCUGCUGUGGAGAAAGCCAUCAAGAAGGAGAUGGCUCAGUAUGCCAGCAACAUCACCUCAGUGCUCUGCCAGUUCCCCAGUCAGCAGAUUGCAAACAUCCUGGACAGCCAUGCGGCAACUCUUAACAAGAAGUCUGAAAGAGAAGUCUUCUUCAUGAACACGCAAAGCAUUGUUCAGCUGGUGCAAAAAUAUCGCAGUGGGAUCCGAGGGUACAUGAAGGCAGUGGUAAUCGACUUGCUCCGACAAUACCUGAAAGUAGAGAUCCAGUUUCAGAAUGGACACUAUGACAAGUGUGUGUUUGCCCUGCGUGAAGAAAACAAAGUUGACAUGGCAAAUGUGCUCAACUACAUCUUCUCCCAUGCCCAAGUCACCAAGAAGAACCUGCUGGUUACAAUGCUGAUUGACCAGUUAUGUGGCCGAGAUCCAACACUGACAGAAGAACUGAUGGCCAUGUUGACUGAAUUCACCCAGCUCAGCAAAACAACCAAUGCGAAGGUGGCACUCCGUGCACGCCAGGUAUUGAUAGCGUCUCACCUCCCCUCUUAUGAGCUCCGCCACAACCAGGUGGAGUCCAUCUUCCUCUCUGCCAUUGAUAUGUAUGGCCACCAAUUCUGCAUUGAGAACCUACAGAAACUUAUCCUUUCCGAAACAUCAAUAUUUGAUGUCUUGCCCAACUUCUUCUACCACAGUAAUCAGGUUGUCCGAAUGGCCGCCCUUGAGGUUUAUGUGCGCCGAGCAUACAUCGCUUAUGAGCUCAACAGCGUGCAGCAUCGCCAGUUGAAGGACAACACGUGUAUCGUAGAGUUCCAGUUCAUGCUCCCCACCUCCCACCCAAACAGAGGGAACAUCCCCACUCUAAACAGGAAAAUGUCUGCUCCUUCAGUCCUGGACAUUAUAAAAGCCCCAAAUGCCACAAAUUUGGAAUCUCUGGGCAGGAUGUCAUUCUCAUCAAAUCUGAACCACUAUGGCAUGGUGCACAUGGCUAGCGUGAGUGAUGUUUUGCUGGACACAUCCUUUACGCCGCCCUGUCAGCGGAUGGGCGCCAUGGUCUCCUUCCGCUCAUUCCAGGAGUUCACCAAGAACAUAACAGAUGUGUUGAGUUGCUUCACAGACUCUCCUCCCCCAAGCCCGACUUUCCCUGAGGGAGGUAACCCAGUCCUGUAUGGUGAAGAGGACAACAAGAGCACCCAAGAGGAACCCAUCCAUAUACUGAAUGUGGCUAUAAAGACCGACAGUGACAUGGACGAUGAUGGCCUGGCAUCCAUGUUUCGGGAGUUCACCCAAUCAAAGAAAUCUCUUUUGUUUGAACACGGAAUCCGUCGCUUGACUUUCCUUGUGGCUCAGAAGGAUUUCAGAAAGCAAAUCAACUGUGAGGUGGACCAAAGGUUUCACAGAGAGUUCCCCAAAUUCUUCACAUUCCGCGCCAGGGAUAAGAUAUUUGAUGGCUCCUUCUCUCUUACCCCUGAUAGUUUGACUACAAUGACACCAGCAAAACUCAUUAAAUUUGUGGAAGACAGGAUCUACCGCCACUUGGAGCCGGCUUUAGCUUUCCAGCUGGAGCUCAACCGCAUGCGCAAUUUUGCCCUGACAGCCAUUCCAUGUGCCAACCACAAGAUGCACCUCUAUCUGGGUGCGGCACGUGUGGAAGUGGGAGCAGAAGUUACAGACUACCGGUUCUUUGUCCGAGCCAUUAUCCGCCAUUCUGAUUUAGUCACAAAGGAGGCCUCUUUUGAGUACCUUCACAAUGAGGCUGAGCGUUUGCUUCUUGAGGCCAUGGAUGAGCUUGAGGUUGCUUUCAACAACACAACUGUGCGUACUGACUGUAACCACAUAUUCCUCAAUUUUGUCCCCACAGUCAUCAUGGACCCUUCGAAGAUCGAGGAGUCUGUGCGUUCCAUGGUGAUGCGUUACGGCAGCCGGCUGUGGAAACUGCGCGUCCUGCAAGCUGAACUGAAAAUUAACAUCCGCCUGACUCCGACAGGAAAGCAAAUCCCCAUUCGCUUGUUCCUCACAAAUGAAUCUGGCUACUACCUGGACAUCAGCCUCUACAAGGAGGUCACUGACUCCCGAACGGGACAGGUGGGGCCCAAAGACCGCCAGAUAAUGUUCCAGGCAUAUGGAGACAAGCAGGGUCCUUUGCACGGCAUGCUCAUCAACACACCUUACGUCACCAAGGACCUGCUGCAGUCAAAGCGCUUUCAGGCACAGUCACUGGGCACCACUUAUGUCUAUGACUUUCCAGAAAUGUUUAGACAGGCUCUGAAAAAGUUGUGGCACUCAAGCCAAGCGUAUGCUUUCGUACCUAAAUGCCCUCUUCCCUCUGAGUUGCUGACCUUCACCGAGCUGGUGCUGGACGCCCAAGGUCAACUGGUGCAGAUGAACCGACUGCCAGGUGGCAAUGAGAUUGGUAUGGUGGCAUGGCGGAUGACCCUCCGUACACCGGAAUAUCCAGCAGGACGUGAGAUCAUCGUCAUCAGUAAUGACAUCACACACAAGAUCGGCUCAUUCGGGCCCCAAGAGGAUGUUCUGUUUCUGCGCGCCUCGGAGAUGGCCCGGGAGUGCGGCAUCCCUCGAAUCUAUAUCGCGGCCAACAGCGGCGCCCGCAUUGGCCUGGCUGAGGAAAUCCGACACAUGUUUCACGUGGCCUGGCAAGAUCCAACUGACCCGUACAAGGGUUUCAAGUAUCUCUACCUCACACCUCAGGAUUAUAAGAAGGUCUCAGCCUUGAACUCCGUACAUUGCGAGCAUGUGGAGGAUGAGGGAGAAUCCAGGUACAAGAUCACCGACAUCAUUGGGAAGGACGACGGGCUGGGUGUGGAGAAUCUGAAAGGGUCCGGCAUGAUCGCUGGAGAAUCCUCUGUGGCUUAUGAGGAGAUCAUCACCAUGAACCUGGUAACGUGCCGAGCCAUCGGAAUUGGAGCCUAUCUGGUGAGACUGGGUCAGAGAACCAUUCAGGUGGACAACUCGCACAUCAUCCUUACUGGGGCUGGAGCACUAAACAAGGUGUUGGGCAGAGAGGUUUACACGUCAAAUAACCAGCUGGGUGGAAUCCAAAUCAUGCACAACAAUGGUGUGACGCACAGCACAGUUUGUGAUGACUUUGAGGGAGUCUUCUCUCUUCUGCAGUGGCUCUCUUACAUGCCAAAGUGCAAGUUUAGUCCGGUGCCCAUUCUGAGUGCCAAGGAUCCCAUAAAUAGACCAGUUGACUUUGUGCCAACAAAGACACCCUAUGACCCUCGAUGGAUGUUAGCUGGUCGUGCAAGCCAGAGUCCAAAAGGCUCCUGGCAGAGUGGCUUUUUUGACCAUGGCUCCUUUAUGGAGAUAAUGCAGCCAUGGGCUCAGAGCGUGGUGGUGGGCAGAGCUCGACUGGGUGGGAUACCUACUGGAGUGGUUGCUGUGGAAACGAGGUCAGUGGAGCUGUCAAUCCCAGCUGAUCCAGCUAAUUUGGACUCCGAGGCCAAGAUCAUCCAGCAGGCGGGGCAGGUGUGGUUCCCCGAUUCGGCUUUCAAAACAGCCCAAGCUAUUAAGGACCUGAACCGAGAGGGGCUGCCUCUCUUUGUAUUUGCCAAUUGGAGGGGCUUUUCUGGAGGAAUGAAAGACAUGUAUGACCAGGUGUUGAAGUUUGGUGCCUACAUUGUGGACGGGCUGCGGGAGUACAAGCAGCCCGUGCUGGUUUACAUCCCCCCACAGGCCGAGCUGCGGGGAGGUUCCUGGGUGGUCAUAGAUCCCACCAUCAACCCUCGACACAUGGAGAUGUACGCCGACAAGGACAGCCGAGGUGGAGUGCUGGAGCCCGAGGGGACCGUGGAGAUCAAGUUUAGGAGAAAGGACCUGGUGAAGACCAUGAGACGAGUCGAUCCCGUCUACAUGAGCUUGGCUGAAAGAUUGGGAACACCAGAGUUGAGUCCUCCUGACCGCAAGGAGCUGGAGACAAAGCUAAAAGAGCGAGAAGAGUUUCUGUUGCCUAUCUACCACCAGGUGGCUGUUCAGUUUGCGGACCUCCAUGACACUCCCGGCCGCAUGCAGGAGAAGGGCGUCAUCACGGAUAUCCUGGAGUGGCAAACAUCCCGGCAGUUCUUCUACUGGCGCUUGCGGCGCCUCCUCCUGGAGGAAACGGUAAAGAGAAAGAUCCAAGCAGCAAACAGCGAGCUGACGGACGGGCAAGUCCAGGCGAUGCUGCGCCGCUGGUUUGUCGAGGCAGAAGGUGCCGUCAAGGCCUAUCUGUGGGACAACAACGAAGAGUUGGUGGGAUGGCUGGAGAGGCAACUCGCCGAAGACGAGGGAGCGCGGUCCGUCAUCGACGAGAACAUCAAGUACAUUCGCCGCGAUCACAUCCUCAAGCAGAUUCGCAGCUUUGUUCAAGCUAACCCAGAGGUGGCUAUGGAUUCUAUCGUGCACAUGACCCAGCACAUCUCGCCCACACAGAGAGCUGAGGUGGUGCGUAUAUUGUCCACUAUGGAGACCUCAGGCCUCCUCCUAGUGCUGACACCACAGCCACCCAGCUCGGAUUCCGGGCUGGCAUUAAGGUUCGGAGGAGCCAACGCGAGUGCCCCUCGGCAGCCGCCAGGGAACCGAUGAAUCGUUGGUAAUGAUUCUCAGCCACGUGAUAUUUUGUAAGUUGUCUUUACAACCAGUUUGUGUAAAAGUACAUGUUUUGCGUUCAAGUUCGAUCAGCAGAAAAUGACUAAUACUAUUUGGUGACCAAUAUGAUCUGGUGUGGGCUUUGAACGAAUGCAGAACUGAACUAAUGAACUGGAAUGUUGUCAUAUUCCAAUGCAUAGUGCUUUCUCGCAACAUAGUCUGAGUUAAGUAUUUUGAGGACAUUGCAAGUAGCCUUGGCAAGAAAGGGUCUUUUAAACUACCAACAAGGGUGCACUUAGUUACUGAGCAGAAAAAUAGCAGGAACGUGAUAACCCAUUUGGACAGAAGAGCACGACAGGGAGUAAAAGGAGCCCUUUUCCACCCUGACUGCUUCCCAGUUCUCCUGCCGUGAACACAAAACUACAGCUGUCCCGUCACGCUGCUCCACAUGCACUUUAUACUGCUUUGCUGUUCACAUUGCAUACACAAGUAAACUUGCUCUCACUGUAAAUGUCGUAUUCAUGUCAUCUCGCACACUGUUACACACGCACACACAUAGACACAGAGGUGGACAUAUUGAAAUUUAAUGGGAAAUAGUAUAAUGGUACCACACACAGAGUUGAUAUUAGCAUGGUUUUUUUUUCAUUUAUUUUGUGUCGUGUCUCUUGCUGUCCAAAACAAUCGUUGAAAAUAACUUUUAUUAUUAUUCAUUUGUUUUGUAAUAGAAAAUAUUUUUGAAUGCAUGAUGUAAUCACCUCUGUUCAAUGAUUCAUGUCAAGUCAGCAAAUGUCUAGCCAUAAUCCAUGGUAAUUGUUUUAUUUAUACUAUUUUGUACUAAAUGUUCCUUAUUUUUAAUAAUUUUAUUCUCAAUUGCAUAUUUCCUUACUUGAGUUUUGUUUAAAAAGCAAAAAAAAAAAAAAAACACCUAUGUGGCACAAGUACAGAGAUGGUACAUUAAGUGACAAUGAGUAAACAGCACUGUCAUGUUGAACUCAGUUCUUGACAUCACUGCCUCAUUAUGUUGAUCUGACAAUGUGAAAACAGCUUUGUGCUCAGUGCUGUGACCUUUUUUUUUUUUCCCCUCCCCCCCUUGACCUGUACUGACUUGGCGGCCAGUUGCUUUUUAACACACUGGUUGUAACCUUAAAAUGAUGAUGAAAUAAUGACGUUAGCAAUCUAAAUAAAGCUUAA